CCGCAGCCACAUACACCGAAUCCUCAUCCUCCCACCAAGAAACAGUGCAAGAGCGCAGUGACACCAGUUCGCCGAGCAACAAAAGAUAUCCAUGCGUUGUUUGCACGGCGCGUUUUGACCGACCGAGCAGCCUAGUGCAGCACAUGAGGGUCCACACAGGCGAGAAACCCUUCGUCUGUGAUAGAUGCCAUAAGGCCUUUUCAGCGCAGAGCAACAUGAGACGCCACAGGAAGGCUUGUCCGAUAGAACCUAACCGCCAACCUGUUGGUGAUAUGGUUAAUUAUCGUCGGAGUGAUUCAGAGGGAUACUACCACCAUGACGGCGAAUCAGAUGAUGUUGCCUACCUAUCCGACGCUACAUCCUUCACACUAUCAUCGGGCAUGGCAAGUGCUGGAACACACACCAGCGCUCAAUCGUAUUGGAGCCACUCCCCUCGCACCUCUUCAUCACUCUACCCUGACACCACGAGUUCUUUGUCGACGACCCAUGUUCCACAUGGCUGGACUCCUGGUCACGCCCCUGCAAGUGCAAACCAGGAAAACAUGCAUUUGCACCUGCCACCUCCUUCACGACACUCUUCCGUCUCGUCGUCUGGGUACGGUUUGCAGCAAUGGUCGCAAGUGCCAAACUACUAUGGACAGGGACUUCAAAGCCCUUCGCCAGUACCAUACCCCGUAAGCGCCAUCCAAACUAUGAAUGGUGAGGAGGGCGGUUCGAGACGCGAAACAGGGACCUCGACAAGCGCUCAUGCUUAUUACUAUUCAGCCACUGGGUGGGGCUCCGGAGCCUCAUAACCUUCCCGACGUUCGAACGGAUAAACUAUCGCUUCUUUUGCCGGUUGUUGAUGAUCUUCGGAGGCGAAUGUUUUCAUCAGCUGUAUAUCUUUCGAAACCUGCUGGAAACAGGAAAGGGAAAAUGGCCAUGGGGGGGAGGUUGUACAUUAGAGGGGCCCAGGCUUAGGGUGAUUGGUCCGCAUGUGAUUGAAGCAUGCAUUGGCCGAUCCGUGUGGUUAUUGUACAGUAUAAUGACAACACGGACAUGUUCAACGACGAUGAUGAACACCGG